AUGAUAUCAGUGAUCUUUUCACGUUUUGUAAAGAACAAAUUAACAUUCGUUUCAUCAGCGUACUUAUAUAUAUAUAUAUCUUUACGGCAUCUUGGUCAUACAUGGAGAGCCGUCGACUCUUUUUUAACAUCAAUUGGUGGUACGACUAUAAAAACGUGUCACAAAUGGACCAACAUUUUAGUAAACAAAGAUUUUGAUGAAUUCACAAUUGAUGAGAAAGGUGGGAAAAGAGGUGAUUCGUUUCGGGAUUGUUAUCCAGAUUUAGAAUUAGAAGCAAAGCAAUUUGUUUAUCGAGAAUGUUCGAAAACAGAAGCAACAUUUACCGCCAAAACUUUGGCAAGAUUUAUUGACCAACGUUUUUAUGAAUUAAAUAAUCUGAAGAAAAUCGAUCAACAAUUAGUAAGAUCAGUUGAAAGUUGUAGAUUAGACUUACGUAUAUUUGGUGUAAAAUUCACAGCAAAUUCAAGCCGGCCUUACUUUCUUGGAUAUGAACGAGAAGAUGUGGUAAAACAUCGACAAGAAUUUGUCAAAUAUUUUAUUGAGCGUGAACAGCAUUUUUAUACAAUUACAAAUGAUGCUAUGCCACAGUGGGGAAUACCAGCAACAGCACCAACAAUUUUACUUUUAAUGCAUCCAAGUGGACCAUUCUUUUCGUUGACCGAAAAAGAGUAUUCAGAGGCCUUGAAAACAUAUCCGAAUUUAAAUGAUGAUUGUGAUAUAAAUUAUGAAAAGAAUAGUGCUUCUGCUGCAAUCGCCCUCGAUGGCGAUAAUUAUUUUAAUAAUCAAAGUAUUCUGAAUCAAUUGAAACGUCUAUUUCAAUUAUUACCAUUCAAAAAAGAAUAUAAAAGUCAUAACUUCUUAUGCCUCGUCGAUAAUUCAAGAACUCACACAGCAGCUGAAAUCCAUCUGAAUGAUUUUGGAAUGAGACCCGGGGCCCGGUGUCCUGUUGAUAAGAUCGGUUAUAUUGAUGAAAACAAUAAAAAACAAACUAUCGAAUGCUAUGAUGAUGAUGGAUACAGUAAAGGUUUACUGGCUAUAGCAAAUGAAUUAAAUGUCUUUGUCCCAAGCAAAUGUAAACUCAAUGAUUUAAAAUUGCUGCUAUCGCAACAUGCAACUUUUAAAAGCGUCAGGAAACUUGAAAAAUUAAUGGUUGAAUAUAAUAUCAAAAUAAUUUUUACGCCGAAGUACCAUUGCGAAACUAAUCCCAUUGAAGGAUAUUGGUGUCACUCAAAACAGUAUAUAAGAAAACAUGCAGAUCAAAGUUUUCAAAAAUUAACAACUUUAAUGCCUGAAGCAAAAGCAAAUUUCAUUCAAAAGCAGAUUCACCUCAAACUUUUUCGUCGAUUUUGGAGAACAAUCAAAGCAUACGAUCAAGGGAAAGAUUAUCUUGAAGUACUAAGAAUGUUUCUUAGUGGAUUGUAUGAUGAUCAAAUCAUCAGUCACCUUUUAUUAUGGCUCAUUGUAUCAACUACACGAUUAUUCGAUGAUGUUGAUCCACCAAAAAACAAUUCUGAUGAUAUAGUUUGUUUUUGUGGCUUUAAUUAUCGAAAAUCAAAACAAAGAUGGUUAUCCCAUCUUCAUGAUCAACAUGAACAUUACUUCAAUCAAAUGCUCAAUGAACAACGAGAAAAUCGAGCUGGAGAAAGAAUACUUGAACAACAAAUAAAAUUAGUAGCCGAUGAUGAACAUGAUAAACAUGAUGAAUCUUAA